AUGAACAAGUUGCGGCAGAGUCUAAGGAGGAAAAAACCAACGUAUGUCCCGGAGGCCAGCCGCCCGCACCAGUGGGGGGCAGACGAAGAGGCGGUGAGGAGGGGGAAAUGCAGUUUUCCUGUCCGGUACCUGGGGCACGUGGAGGUGGAGGAGUCGCGAGGCAUGCAUGUAUGCGAGGACGCCGUCAAGAAGCUCAAAUUGCUUGGGAAGAAGUCUGUGAAAGCAAUUCUGUGGGUUUCCGCUGAUGGCUUGCGGGUUGUGGAUGAUAAGACGAAGGACCUCAUUGUAGAUCAGACCAUAGAGAAAGUUUCGUUCUGCGCUCCUGACCGCAAUUUUGACAAGGCAUUUUCAUAUAUCUGCCGGGAUGGCACCACGCGACGCUGGAUCUGUCACUGCUUUAUGGCCCUGAAAGAUUCUGGGGAACGCCUGAGUCAUGCAGUUGGCUGUGCAUUCGCCGCUUGCCUGGAACGAAAGCAGAAACGGGGAAAAAGAGUGUGGAGUCACUGCGUCCUUUGAUGCCAGCCGUACCAGUUUUCGCUCGUGAAGGUUCCUUCCGUGUCACCUCUGCAUCUGGCCACAGCGACCGAGAAGAGACAAUGCGGCAAGUUCAAGAAAAAAAAGAAAGGUAUCACAAGUGAAGGAAAUCAGAGCCAGUCAUCAAACGCAUCUUCUCUGACUGCCUCCCCCAGUACUGGACUACCAGCCCAGACAGAGAACUCUUCUCCCCUGCAGGGGUCUUCGGUCCCAUCAGAGAAGGCAGAGAUGGGCAGCCAGCAUGCCAUUCCACGACGACAUGCCCCCAUUGAACAGCUUGUAAGACAAGGAUCUUUCCGCGGUUUCCCUGCUCUUAGUCAGAAGAAUUCACCCUUCAAACGACAGCUGUCGCUGAGGCUCAACGAACUCCCAUCCACACUGCAGCGCAAAACAAAUUUCCAGGACAAGGGCCAAGUCCUAGAAAUGGAUCCCACAGGACCACCUGACUCGGAUGGAAUUACUGACCUGUGCAACCAGAUCAAUAGCUCCUUCACCAACAAAGCAUCUGAAGACCACUGUGUGAAUGGGAAUGGGAUGAGGACCCCACCCAACGUGGCUUGUCUUCCUCCUCCUCGACAGGCAGCACAAAGCAUGCCAGCUUGGCCAGAUCAAGCAGUGACCACCAACUCAACUCCUAACAUCCAAAUGGGUCAUCGUCGUACACCAUCUGAAGCAGAACGCUGGCUUGAAGAGGUGGCAAAGGCAGCCAAAGCUCAGCAGCAGCAGCAACAUCAAGAGCCCUUGCCGCAGCCUAUGGUAGCUGUACCAAUGGCAGUUCCAACUACAAUACAGGCUUAUCCUGUUUCUUUUGAUGCCGCUCCUGCCCCCGUGGGUAUGUUCAUUACCCCUCAUAUGCAGCCUGCCUAUGUUCCAGUGGGUAGUUAUGUCCCACCCAUGGCCAACAGCAUAUCAUACCCUACACCAAGCGUACCGGUGGUAGGCAUCACUCCUUCCCAGAUGGUGGCCAACGUUUUCUGCUCUGCUACCCAAGUACCGUCGUCUAACUUGGCAAGUAAAACUAACCCAUUCCCUCACAGCAUAAUGCACUCUUCAGCCACAAGUGUCCACAACCCUACCCCAAAUCAGCCUCACCAGUCUGGACCAAAGUCGAACAACCCUGCCAACGGUACUUGGCCCCCAGAUCCCAGCCAGCUACGACUGGCCUCCACUGCACAAGAAGUGGAUCAGUUCGAAGCUCAGUGGGCAGCACUGGAGUCCAAAUCUCAGCAACGCCUGGCCAACCCUUUCUCCAACGAACUGCAGAAGACCUUCCAGAUAGAAUUGUAG